AUGCUGAAUGAACUCCAGGCAUCAGAUGUCUCCCUGAGGCCUGACCCCGAAAUUAUAUCAAAAUCCGUCGCCACAACCUUGAGUGUUCUUGAAGCGGCAGCGAAGCAUGAUACCGUGACUCGAUUCGUUCUGACUUCUUCAGCUUCUGCCGCUUCGUUCCCUCAGCCUGAUCAACCUGGUAUUAUCAUCGACUCAAAUACAUGGAAUGACAGUGCCGUAAGAAGCGCUAGGGAUCCCAGUGUUCCCGUAGCCCAGAAAUCAUACUUCGUGUACGCUGCAUCCAAGACCGAAUCAGAACGAGAGGCCUGGAAGUGGGUAAAGCAGAACAAGCCUGGCUUUGACUUUAACACAGUCCUUCCCGACACGAACGUAAGUUCAGCUUGA